AGAGAGGUUUAACAGACCUGCUCCCCAGCUGAAAAGGCACUUCACCAUCCGCGUGUUAACUGCUGUUCUCGAAAAAUACCCCCUGAAAAUAUGCUUAAACUCCCUGAAAAAGGUAGCGGCCAAACGGGCUCAAAAAUUCUCCUGGAAGCCAUGUCAAAAGACAAGGUCCAUCUGGCUCGGUUCAUCCUCGAUGCUCUGGACGGAAAAAUUAUCGACUCCACAAGCGAGGGAGCCGCGACCCCGCUCAUCACAUCCGUGCUGCUGCCGGACAGCCAGGCCAGAUCCAAGUUCAUGAACCUUCUGCUGCAGCGCGGCGCGAGCGUCAACCGUCAAGACGAGCGCGGGCGCACCGCUUUGAGUUACGCCUGUGAAAAGGGUUACCUGGACGCAGUGAAGGUGCUGGUUCAGAACAAUGCCGACCCAGAGGUCGUGGACAGUUGGGGGAACACUGCCUUGAUGUACGCGUCUGUGGCCGGCCAUUCUGCCGUAGUGGACUUUUUGGUGAGGGCGUUCAAGAGGCUCGGUCUGCAAAUUGAUAGACAAAACAAAGUUGGAAACUCGGCUGUGGAAGUGGCGAAGUAUCUGGGACACAAAGACUGUUUAUUUGCCCUCACGAGUAAAACGAAGAAAAGCCACGACGAUGCCUUGAGAGAUUUUGACAGUAAUGAAGGCGAAAAUAGCCGUGGGAAAAAGCCCACGCACGCUUCAGAGGUGAAUGAUACCCAGAGCCAAAGUCACUUCUGUCCAAAGGGUGUGGACGCUGCGAGAACGGGAGAGGAUUCCAUUGCGGCAUCUUCGAGUCGAAGAGAGUCUUCAUUUCUACGGAGUCGAAUCCAAUCCAUGGAUUCAAUAGAGGAGUUUGAGAGGGAGGGCGACGCUGCGCUCUCCUGGCCAGGUGAUUUAUCCGGUGUCCCAGUUCAAAAACCUCACGCCCGGUCAUAUCACGGCCAAAACAAUAAUAGAACAUUUAAAUUAGGGGAAAAUAAUAGACGGUAUAAUGUAGCGCCUUUACCUAGACCCACGGAUAACCAGUUCCCACUGCUGUUCUCACCAAGGCCGGCUAAAAACGCAUUAAAUCGUCGCGCGUCAGCAUGUACCGGAGCCUCCGCCGCCGGUCCAUCGAACAGUCCUCUUGGAGUUUUGUUAACUCCUAUUCCGGGAUCAAAAGGUGGGAAACCAGAGACAGAAAGUGAAACGCAGAAGAAAAACGUCAUGGACUUCGGUAUCCGUCUAUUUCAUGACAGUUACUAUCAGAAACGGAGCAGUUUGCCGACAAGUGUCCUCAGACCUGCACCGCCAGCGCGCGCGCUCAUGCCCUCACGCAAAACUAAAACGGUGCAGGAGGACACGCUGCUAGGCAGCACUGCGACUCCUGCCGUUACUGCAGCAGGAGCGCCCACGAGCUUCGCCGUCCUUGGAAACAAACUGUUGCGGCGCUUCACUUUUCCGGAGUUGAAAAAGUCCACGAAAGGUGUGAGCGGGGACGGGUCCGGCGGCACGCACUCCGGAAGUCCCGAAGUGACAGAGCCAGGGAUGCCGAAAUCAGAGAGUUACCCCCUGGUCACGCGGCACGCUCCGGUGGGAAGCAAGCCCAGUAUCGACAGCAUCAGCGCUGUGAAGUGCGAGUUCGACUUCCACUUCAAACUGAGUCCAUCCUGA